GCGACCCCUCGCCCGUUCUCUCCUGCGGAGCGUCGUCUGUCCCCGUUGCCAGCCCUAGCUCAGGGCUAUCCCGGAGGCAGGGAGCUCAGCCCCGGCAGGCUCCCGGGCGGCAGGGCGAGGCGGAGCGAGCGAGCGGCGGAAGGCGGAGUUCCUGGCGCCAUUAGCGGCCCCGAGGCUCUCGCAGCUGGGAGGGGAGGAUUAGUGGCCGGGGGCGGAGCUCUGGAGGCCGUCGCUGCGCUGCAGAGCUCGCUCAAAGGCGGGAGCGCUUGGUCCGCUUUGCGAGGGGGGGCAGAGAGCUUCCUCCAGCGCGGAGCCAUGGGGAAAGUGUUGGUGCUCGCCCUGGCCGGGAUACUUGCAGCCCUCCUCGGGGAGAGGCUAAUGGAGUUGCGACGUAAGCUGAAUGGCUCCAGAGAGGUGGAACCAGUGGAACUUCCCAACUGCCACCUUAUUAAAGGAAUUGAAAGAGGUUCAGAAGAUAUUGACAUCCUUCCUGAUGGUCUGGCUUUCAUUAGCUCUGGUUUAAAAUAUCCAGGGUUAAAUAGCUUUGCUCCAGACAAGCCAGGUGAAAUAUUUCUGAUGGAUUUGAAUGAUGAAAAACCAAGAGCAAUAGAACUGAGAAUCAGCCGCGGGUUUGAUCUGGCAUCAUUUAACCCUCAUGGGAUCAGCACGUACAUAGACAAAGAUGACUCCGUGUACCUCUUCGUUGUGAAUCAUCCGGAAUUCAAGAGCACAGUUGAGGUGUUUAAAUUUGUAGAAGAUGAAAACGCUCUUGUACACCUAAAAACUAUCCGCCACGAACUUCUGUCGAGCUUGAAUGAUGUUGUGGCUCUGGGACCUGAUCACUUCUACGCUACUAAUGACCACUAUUUCUCUGACUCCAUCUUGAUGUACCUGGAGAUGUUCUUGGGCUUGACCUGGUCAAAUGUUGUCUACUACAGUCCAACAGAAGUUAAAGAGGUAGCCUCUGGGUUUUACUCAGCCAAUGGAAUUAACAUUUCACCAGACAAAAAGUAUGUUUAUGUUGCUGACCUGCUGGCUCAUAGUAUCCAUGUUAUGGAAAAACAUGCUAACUGGAGUCUAACUCAAUUGAAGGUGCUGGAAUUGGACACACUAGUCGAUAACUUAUCUGUUGAUCCUUACACUGGGGAUAUUUGGGGAGGAUGUCAUCCCAAUGGCAUGAAGCUGCUCUUCUAUGAUCCUGAGAAUCUUCCUGGUUCUGAGGUAAUCCGGAUCCAGAACAUUGUUUCUGCAAAACCUACCGUGACCCAGGUGUAUGCUGAGAAUGGCUCAGUGCUUGAGGGAAGUUCAGUUGCUGCAGUGCAUUCUGGGAAACUGCUCAUAGGCACGGUGUUCCACAGAGCUCUUUACUGCGAACUAUAGUUCACUCUGGAUAGACUUUGUUAGGGGGGAGGGUUCAGUUUCUUUUAAAUUGCUAAUUCCAAGCUACAUUGCCAUAAGUCAUGAAAAUGUAUUCCUCGCCUCAAGGAAAUAACAUAAGUUCUGUUCAGUAGUGAAUGGAAAUGGAUUUAAAGAUAAAAGAAUGUGUGUAGGAUUAAUGUGGAAGAUCCCAGGCCAAUAACAAAGUGUGGACGUAAAUUUACAAAUUCAACAUUAAAAGAAAAUAGCUGAAAAUGAGUUGGUUCUUGGGUUACCAAGUGGGAUCAGACUUCAGGGUUCUGUUUCUCUGGGAGAGUUGAUGAUCUGCCGAGUGUGUAAAAGAGUGGAGGCAGUGUUGAAUAAACAUGUCAUUUCGUGGUUUGGGUCACUAACCCAAGUACUUUGGGGGGGGCUCCUUUUCACCCCUCUGCCAAUUUUCCCUAUGCUGUCAGAAAUCAUUUGAAACCCAUGUGUUGCCUUAUCAUGAACCUGUUCUCAGACAUACUCUUGCCUGCAUUGAGAGUAUUAGGUGUAUGAUUUAAAUAACCCUUCAAGGAAUGAGUUCAAAAAUCUCUACUUUCUGAAGAGAUCUGAAAUGCCUUAACCAAACAGUGCCUUGGAGCCUGCGGUCUCCGCAUACAGCCAGGGGAGCAGUGGUGAAAACUGCACCUCAGGGAAGGCCUUUAGCACAGAGAAUGCAGUUUGUGCAGUAUAUGUUUAAUUACCAUGCUGUGUGAAACUGCCACUCACGCCAAAGGAUUCUACCAAACAAACUAUUAUAAUGCUGUUUGCUUAGAAUGACAUAGUCCACUCUGUGUAAUCAUUGUAUUUGUGAGGCUCGUAUGACCUUU